AUGCCUCUAACGAGCUCAGAUAGCCAGCCGCUUAACCUACGCCGAAGGAAGCGCCUAAAAGUAGAUCUCGCCUGCGAGAUCUGUCGCAGACGGAAGGUCAAAUGCGACGGCGCCCGACCAGCUUGUGGGAACUGCCUUAAAAGAUCGGACCUCCAAGGGCAGUGUGCGUACACGCCAAUCGAAGCUGCUUACCUAGCCUUCGAAAAGAUUCCUUCCGAAUCAGGAAUCGGAAGUGACUUCAUCCAGCAGCCGAAGUCCGAUGUCUCAGAGCAACCCCAGAGAUUACCGAAUUCUACAACAUGUGGACAAACACUGCCACUGCCGGUGAAACCUGUGCACAAUCAAAGAUCCAAAGCCUCGGCUUUUCAGUCGGAUCCAAACAUUACUUGUGCGGACUCUACAUCACAGACGCUCAAUGUUGGCGGCGCAAGUCGUGAGCGCUUCGGCAGCAGUAGCAGUGUAACAUUUACUGGGCAGAUAAAAGCGGCAAUUGACGCCAGGUUCGGGGGUGGCGCCCUGCCCCCAAGUCAGGGUGCCGUGCCAUUGGUCGAUGCUUCAUUGUUCCCCCCCCGUUCAAGAUGA